GGCCAUAGCCGUGUGAGCCCUCAGACGCUUCUGACGGACGCGAAACAUUUUUUGGAGUCCCCGCAUACACGAAGAAGUAUGCCAUCGCACACUGGCCUUGAAAGGGUCUCCGCUGUGUCAAUCGAAUUCCACGGACCAAACUUCGCAUCAUCCCCUCCGGAUCACGCCAUAGCACGUAAGCACGAAGGCACGUGAAAGGGUGCGGAACUGCAUCACUCACGGCCACGCACAACGUGCGAGUGUAGAGGGAAGGAGAGAAGAGACACUGGAAAAACAGCGAGGAUGCCUUGCCUACGUCUUCUCCCUACACCAAUGGCAUGUGCGCAUUCAUUCGCGCUGGCUCGCUUUGCCUACCUGCAUAACGAGCUUAGUUAGUGAUAUAUUCCCACCGUACAUUUUAAAACUUCACACUCUGGUGCUCAUGAAUUAUCACCCUGAUCUUCCCUCCCUCGGCUUUCCUUUUCCUCUGUAUGCAAAGAUCAGACAGUCAUGAUGCAGACACGCAUGCAUGUGGAAGAAAAGAGGAGCACCAGUCAUCAAGACACAAGGUAACCUUAAAGACUACGGCAAAUUGACCUUCACACGCACACGACUGGUACCUAUCUUACUGAUGUUAACGAAUAUCGAUGCCAACACGUCACAAGCCGACUAACGGGCAGUCACGCCUUCAUUGCCUAUACAAAAAGGGCCAGUGCGAGCGAGAAGUGACGCACCAGCCGGCGAGCUUCGCUUACCCGGUGUCUCCCCACUUGACCUGAUCCAGCAGGAGGAUGUCGUAGACACGGCUCCUCAGGUCACGACUGACGCAUCAAGGCAGCAAGGGACAAACAGGCCGACAGGCAGAGGAUAAUGAAUGGAGAGGCGUGGUGGCACUCGUCACUGCUUGUGCGUCGAUGUAUUGACCUGAAGUGGCUGUCCCAUGUGAUCAGGUAGACGUCCUUGCGGUACACCUCGUUGGUUUUGAUCUUGUCCAGUGCUGGCUCGAAGUCGCUGUCUCCCGCCACCAGAAAGAUGACGUCCACCCGAUCGUCACGCGCCUUAUCCAACAGCUCCAUGGUGAUCUUGCAAUCCGCGCCAGACUGCUGCCCAUUGGGUUUCAGCCUGCAUGCAAGAUACGCCGUGAACACCGCUCGUCAUCCCGUCCGUCUGCUCGUUUGUGUGCAUACCUGGAUUCCCAGACGCCGAAUCCCUCUGCUUUGAGGUCCUUGUGCAGCUGCUUUAGCGCCUCCCGCUCAGGGCCGAGACGCAGCUCCUUGUAAUUGGUGCUGACAUAUAGCGAGUGAUACGCGCUGACAUCGUAAGCCCAUUUCCGCCGCAUCAUCCCCACAAGCGACAGCACGUCACUCGUUCUCGGCUGGCGCCUGGUGUGCUCGGAGAACGUCUGGCAGAAGUAGGCCCCAUCCACAAUGAGCGCCGCCUUGCCUCUCAGAGCCACAGGCUCGGGCCUGAUCAAGGAACGCCACACGUUAGCGUCAGGAGGGCUAUGUGCUAUGUUGUUCCGCUAGAAUGGUCUCGCUCACGUGCUGGCCUGCGUCGGAAGCUGCAUGGUGUAGGACGGAAUGGCGACUGGCGGCGGAGUGGACACAUUCGCUGACCUCUCACGAUCACGAGCCCUGGUGCACAGAGGAAUAUACAAGGGGGAAGGAUACAAGACGUGUAUCGGCUGAUCGGCUGAUCUUUCGCAUACAAGACUCACCUCCACGCUUCGAGCUCUUCCAUGGUGUGGGCAUUAUGGCAGCUGUCUCCGUAGCGACAGCCACUUCCUGCACUCAGACACGCAAAACACGAUGAACACAGCCACUUGUCUGUCUGUCUGUCUGUCUAGGUACCGUCAGGGUUGAUGUAUUUGCACAUCGUCGCGUUGCCUCUGAGGUCCAGACGGCCAUGUGCGAACGAACAUGCGGCACCACGGGGGCAAACACCCUGACACGACCAGAAGCCAAAACGAUCAUUCUCACAUUGGAGGAAACAAGACAAUUGAUGCCUCGUCACCUGUCGAUCUGCUUCACAUAUUUUGGUCUUGUAGAAAGGCGCGUCAGGUCCGGUCGUCGGUCGAGGAGGGGGCGGCCUGUAGAAAGGCUGAAGGACAACAAACAGUGAGUGAGCCAAUCACUGCCUCCUGUCGUCCAUUCAACCCACCUUUAGGGCCGUGUGCGCAACCUGCUCGUCUUCGUUGUCUGAGGAGCCAGUGCUAUCCCGCCGCAUAAAAUGCGCCAAGUGCUCUUGGGAGCUGGUGCCGUAGGUGGGCUGGGUGCGGCAUAAAGCUGGGUUUGCGGAGACGGGAGAGCUGAAACGACACAACAGAGACGGAGAAAGGCGCCCCGUGAAUGUGUGAACCGUUGCCCGUCUCUUGCCCUCUCACUUUGGCGUGUCUGGAUACUGGGGAUAUACCGACGAAGCUGUAGUUGAGACCCAGCCCGGUGGCUUCGGCAUUUGGGGCGCCGCAGACCUAACAGCACAAAAGGCAUUCGAAACGCAUGUCAUCAAUCGUUCAUCUCUCGCCCUGCUCACGGUGUGGCAUAUUGCGGCGUCUGCAGAGUCAGAUCUGAAGGCGCAGAAGUGCGGCUGCCCUCACGCUCAUACGAUCUGCACCGACGCAGUGCAAAAGCAUCCAAAUGAGCACGAUCAGAAGCGUCAGUGGCUGUGCCGUUACCUCCAUGCUUCGAGCUCUUCCAUGCUGUGGGCGUUGUGGCAGCUCUCCCCGUAGCGGCAACCACUCCCUGCACUCGGGCACGCCCACCAGACACCAAUGCCGACCCUCCACUCAGACGGUCUUCUCUUCCUGCUUACCAUCUCUGUUGACCCACUCGCACAUCUUGGCCCUCUUCCCUCGCAGCUCCACUCUGCCGUGCGCGUAGGUGCAGGCAUCGCCUCGAUUGCACCUCCCCUGAGCCAAGUGACAGAGAUCAGCGGGAUUUGAGAUGAAAGAGUGUUUCGGUCGACCUACCCGGCGCCAGUGCUCGCAGAGCUCGACCUUGAAAUUUGCCAGCUUGAUCAGAUCAUCUGAGGAAAUCAGAGAGGGAGGCACCCGUAAGUGACUGUUCCUAUCUGAGUGGGAUCUCAUACCUCCUCCUGCCCGCCUCUCCUCCCGCAGGCCCGUCGACACGAUCCAAUGGCUGGUGCGACGUGGUUGACACUUGGCGUGGGGUACGAAUGUGCCCCGGUCGGCUGGAGGGAGAGGGAUGCCGUUGCUGGGGGGUGGGUAAAGGGGCACCGGUGCAGGUGAGGGGGAUGGUGUGUCUUCCCUGCCAUAUCCUGCGGCUGUCGGCGGGACGACGUCUGACAUCGGCGUUGCGACGUGUCAGAUCUCACGGCAAAGAAUACGUUCUCUCAGAUGCAGCCUUCAGAGCCUCACGCGUCGG